AUGUGGCUUCGGCCAUCUUGUCAGGAGUCACAUGACCACAUGAAGGGGAGAGAAGAUAUAUCAACGAAUAUCGCUUUCCACAAACCAACUGAGAUGAGUAGUCUACUGGAAGCUCCAUAUUUUUCCUGUAGAGGAGUUGAUGGUAUUUUUACAAAUGAUUCUAUUAUGCACACUGUUGAUGCUACUACAGAAUGGUGGUGUGUUGAUUUGGAGAAGACAUGCAACUUUAGAGAGAUAAUUCUGUAUAAUAGAAAUGGUUCACAGGAUAUUUCUAAUCGAAUGAUUGGCUUCGAAUUACGAAUUAGUACGAGUGGAAAGUGUGACGAAACAACAUUUAAUAGUACAUCACUUUGCUACAAAGAUCAACAACUAACAGGACAGCUUGUGUACAACAUAACAGAUUGUAACCAAGUACCAUCAAUCCAGUUUUUAUCAAGAUUAAUCUUUAUCAGUCCGAAGCAAAAUGAAUUUAUUAAUUUUAGGGAGUUAGUUGUUAGAAUUUAA